UGCAAGUUGUCGAUGCUCCCAUGAGUCAAGUUUUUUUAUGUGUCUGACGUUUCAGGCGGCUGGUGCUGAUGACAGAACCCGUAUCAACAGCUGCAUCAGACAGAAUAAACUCAACCCGUUCCUCAAGAACCAGAAUUAAGGUUUUGGCGCAUAGAGUAACAGAAUGGCGAAUACAAGGACGCGGCUGGCUAAGCGCAGAGCGGCAGAGAGGAUCUACGCACUAAACAAGAAGGUAAAACCUGAGUUUGAUGAAGUUGCAGUUUAUUUCUCAAGAGAGGAGUGGGGAAUUUUACAAACGGAACAGAAGGAACUUUACAAGGACGUAAUGAUGGAAAAUUACCGGAACCUCAGAUCUCUUGGAUCUGAUUGACAGUUAACACAGUGAAGAAUAAAAUGACAAAGAAGGUCUUGUAUCAUGCGCUGGAGAUCAUCUACCUGCUGACUGGGGAGAUCUCACUCUUUCAGCAUCUGAUUAAGGCUCUGACAAUGAAAGAGUUAAAUGAGGGGAAUAGGAACAUUUCUUCGACGAUCUUGAAUCAUGCUCUGGAGAUGAUCUACUUACUGACUGGAGAGGAAUACACUGUUGCAAAGAAGGAUUCCCCCCACAGCACCCUUCACCCGCUGACUGGAGAGGUGCCUAUAAAGUGCGAUGAUGUUGCCGUCUAUUUCUCUAUGGAGGAGUGGGAGUAUAUAGAGGGGCAUAAGGAGCUUUACAAGGACGUCAUUAUGGAGAAGCACCAGACUUUAGGAAGCCGGGAAAACAAUAGAUCAGAUCUUCACGAUCAGUAUGUUAUUGAGGAAAUACAGUUCACAGAAGACGAAAAAGAUGUUGAGGAAAUGGGAAUAUUUUCCAAGAACAGUGCAGGUGACAUUAACUCAGAAUUAUUAAUUGCUGAUGAAGCAGAUGAUCUCUGUGUAAGAUAUAUGGAAGCUCAGAAUCAGGAAAUCAAUCACAAUAUAAACACAACAGAUGGACAGAUUAGAGUCAGCAUGUCACAGGAACUGUACACAGCAGCAGAUUCAUCGGAAGGAUUACUAGAUGACAGUACCAGUAUUCUUGAAGAAGGAAACUCAAAUGUAAACUCCCCUGUAAACUCAACAUUACUUGAGAGAGAAAUGAUCAAAUACACUUCUUCGCUUUAUGAGUAUGAAAAAAACGUACAACAUAGAAAUGAAAGGUUCAUUAGUAACAGUAGAACUUGUAGGACUGAAAUGGAAGAGACUGACAACAACACACAAACUUUUAACAAUGCGGCAUCUUGUGACGAUCACCAAGCGUUACACAAAGGAGGAAAGCUUAAUAAAAAUAGUAACCAAUUUAUUUUCAAAUCUCUGCCUCAAAUGUCACCACAUCGGACUGCUACAAGAAGUAAGUUGUACACUUGCCCUGAUUGUGAGAAACGUUUUACUAAAAUGUCACAACUUAUACGUCAUCACAGAACUCAUUCAGGAGAGAAGCCGUACGUUUGUCAGAAAUGCGGGAAAGGUUUUUCACAAAAGUCAAAUUUGGUGGGACAUCAGCGAACACAUACAGGGGAGAAGCCCUAUGUCUGUCCAAUUUGCGAAAAAGCUUUUUCCCAAAAAUCUGAUAUGAUUGUACACCAACGAACUCAUACUGGAGAAAAACCAUAUGUUUGCCCGAAAUGCGGAAAGGGGUUUGCUCAAAGUGCAAAUCGGGAUAAACACUACAGAACACAUACAGGGGAGAAACCAUAUAUUUGUUUGAAAUGUGGUAAAGGCUUCUCUCAAGGGGGAAAUUUGGUUAAACACCAUAAACUUCAUACAGGUGAGAAGCCAUAUCUCUGUCCUGUGUGCGGUAAAGACUUUACAAAAAAAUCAAGUUUACUUUUGCAUGAAAAAAUGCAUACAGGUGAAAAGGGAUAUAUUUGUUCUCAAUGUGGAGAAACUUUCCCCACAAAGUCAGAUUUGAAUAACCACCAUAGAACUCACAUGACAGAAGAAAACAAAUGUUUACCUGGUGGAAAGAGAUUCACUUGAACAAUAACUUUUUAUUUUUAGUUGCACCUCAAGUGUGUAAUUAUUUGGGUACAAUACACACACUGAAGACUUGCAUUUUAACUAUACUGCAUCUGUGAAAUCGAUUAGUAUACAAUGAAUUCCAUGUAUAUAAAGAA